GGAUACAUAUUUAGCCACGAGAUGAAUAAUGGAUGUUCAACUUGUCAGAAAUAAACAACUGUCUCUCAAAGCCGGGAAGCAAAUUGAGAUAGCAUUUGAUGUUAGCAGUACCAUGAUUUAAAUUUAUUGAUUUUUGAACCAUUACAGGAGCAUAGUCGAAAAGGACGUUACAUCUCACUUGUGGUUAUGGUUUGAAGGGAGAAAGAGGCUACAUUUUAUUGAAGAAUAUUUGAAAUACUCGUGUUCCUAUUUCAAACUAAGAAAAAUGGUUAAGGAAAACAAAGCACAAAAUUUCGAACUCCUGCAAGAAAAGCUUGAUAGGGAGACAGAUGCACUCGAACAAAGAAUGUUAGACGUAAAACCAUGGUAUCUUCAAGGUGAAGUCGCUGCAUCUGGACGAAGUGAAAAUGCUUUGCUUGAAGAACACUUUGAUGUACAGCGUCAUGGACUUUUCAAACCAGGUGCUCAAGAUGAAGAUGCUAUAAAUGAUUUUAUCAUUAAAGCGAUAAAAGAAAGAAAUUUCGACAAUCCUGUUUUCAAAGUUAAAGAAGUUGAAAAAUUAUCCAAAGAACUCCCACUACAAAAUGUUGUUCAAAAAUCAUUGGUGGAAGAUUAUGAAACGUUUUUAAAAAGAAAUAAGAUUCUGGAAGAGGACCAAGGAGAUCCGAAGAAAAAUGCAAUUCAGGCUGAAAUCCUAGAACUCUUUGAUAGCCUAGACAAACUUUCCAGUCUUCAUUUUGUCCCACGCAAGUACAUACCCGAAGACGUUAUUGCCAAAAACGAUGCAGCUUCAAAAUUAGAAGAGCUUGGACCUAUGGUUACUUCAACAGCUGAUAGGUUGGCUCCAGAAGAAAUAUGUCCUCCGAGAGGCGAAAUAAUUAUUGGCAAAAACGAACGUACCCUUGCUGACCGCCGGCGGCACCGACGAAAGCUGAUGAGAAUAAGAUCAAAGAAGCUAAAUCACGCCAAGAAGGGCAAACUAGACGAAAGACAACUGGCCAUGGUUAAGAUAACUAAAUUAGCACACCGACCAAACUCUAAUAUCAAAAUUGUAAAGUAA